UUUACUAAGGAAUAUAUGAAUACUUAGUGGGCAAGGUCCCAAGUCAGUCUGUGGAGGAUCAAACAGCAACAAGCAAGGAAUUCCCACUCAUCAGGAGCGAAAUGUGUGCCAAGCAGCUUAUCUGAUGGGUCAGGCCGGAGAUCAUCAAACAAAAGCAACAGGACUUGCAGACUUAACACAGACUCUGUGCUGAAGACACUGAAGGUCCAGAUGAACACAGGCAGAAAGGAAAUGCCAAAGUAACUUGGUCAAAGACAGUUACUUAUCUAGACCUAAGUGUGAUCUGAGAGCAUCGGGCCAGCCAGAGCUCAGAAACCAGCCUCCAGUGCACCAUCACCCUUUCUACUUCCGGACCAAGGGCUGCAGAUAAGAUAAAGAAACAGUGUAGCAUGCCCAGCUGAGCCUUUCUUCUUGGCAAGAGGCUUCUGGCUGCUUGAAAUAAUUCUUUGUUGAUGCCCCUCUGAAAAUAACUUGGUUAGUGCACCCAGUUACAAUGUUCAAAACUGGCCCGCCUGCAUUUUCCACUCUCUUAGCUGGUGGGGAGUUUCAAUGGCAGACAGAAACAGAUGAGACACCAAACUCUUUUGAACAAGUGGCACAUGAACGGGACAUUCUAUAAUCUAAAAUUUGCCACCAAGCGAUGUUACAUUGGUAUUUCGUUUAAAUACAGCUGCACUAAGGCCAUACCAACCACCACCACUUCACAUUCUCCCCUCCCUGCCCCCUUUGGACCUCUGCCUUGGUACUCAGCUGGGUAGGUCGUCUGCAUGGCAUUUGCUAACUUGAAGACCUGUCUUGUGAGGAUCUAUUUCACAGUGGUGGGCUUGCGCUCUUUACUUUGUGGAAAGUAAGCAUUAUAAUUAAUUUUCUAUAUAUAUGUAUAUAUAUACAUAAUAUACAUAUUUAUGUAUAUGAGUAUCUUACCUCUUGUAUGUAAAGCAUGUAUGCAUAUGCACCACUCACAGAUCCAGUGCCCUCCGAGGUUAGAAACGGUAGUAAGAAACCCUGGGUCCUAGCUGGGCAGUGGUGGCGCACGCCUUUAAUCCCAGCACUUGGGAGGCAGAGACAGGCAGAUUUCUGAGUUCGAGGCCAGCCUGGUCUACAGAGUGAGUUCCAGGACAGCUAGGGCUACACAGAGAAACCCUGUCUCGAAAAGCAAAAGCAAAAACAAACAAACAAACGAAAAAAAAAAAAAAACCCUGAGUCCAAAAUUACCAGUGGCUGUGAGCUGCCACAUGGGUGCUGGGACUAGAACCUGGGUCCUCUUGCAAGAGCAGCCAAUGCUCUUAACCACUGAGCCAUCUCUCCAGCACCUAAGUAUUAUUAUAUUUUAAAGGUGAUCAUCAAAUGAAGAGAACAUUUUAGUUUAGAAGUAUAAAUCCUUCUGGGUCUCUCCUAUCGCAGUUUGGUGUUAGAGCUAUGUCUGGGCUCAGCUUCCGUUCCCUCUGGAGCGAGCAAGCGAUGGGAGUGUAUUGACUUACUUGCGAAUGCCAGGCAUGUCAGCCACCCCUCACCCCUGUUUCCUGGGCAGCUCUAGUCCAGCCCUUUGCCCCCAGAAAAACUUCCUCAGAUGAUGCCUGCCACCCCUGCUCUUGACUGCGGUGGGGGUUUCUGGCUCUUCUCACCUGCCGUUCUGGGUUCCUGGCCCUGCUUCCUUCACCCCCAUGUCUAACCAGAACACAUGAAUGGUUUUGCCACUUUCUGGAAGUAUCUGUGGUUCCCCACUGACUUGGAAUAUCUUAAGUGUCCCAGUGGUGGCUACACAGCCAUUCACACCCUGGGUCUGCAUUUGGUCACACUUUCAGGUGACUCCCCCUUCCGGGCCUGUCUUUUGUUUCUCAGCCUUCAGUGGCUCAACCUGGUCUGAAGCCAUUCCUCCUUCAGUAUUCCUCAAUUGAUGUCCUGAUUGACAGCACCAGAGUGAUACAGGCCACCAACCCUCUUCUUACUCCAGUCUUGACAGCUUGCUUAUUUUAUACAUAUAAUCCUAAAAUGGUAGUUUCAAAUGGGUCUACCUUCCCCUAAAAAAAGGCAUUUUGCUCUUUAUAUGCUGUCAGUAUUUUGCUGUGUGUGUACUGUACGUUUUCAGUUAAACACUGUAGCCAUGGCACCUGAAUAUUUUUUGGCUACGGUGUCAUGGUAUGGUCCUUUCAAUACCUUUGAGAAAGUUUCUCCUUAAUGUCCUCACACAUUGGUAGUUUUUCAGUAGUGGAGUUUAAAGAUGUUUGCAUUAAACCCCAGCCCUGAAGAAGCUGAGAAGAUUGAGGGUCAGAACCUGUGGCAGCCUCCUCAUAUAUAUACUGGACACAGUUUGUUUAUCCAACAUGUCUUCGGGUAGGAAAAGUGCCCGAGAGGCAUUGGGAGUGACGGGAAGAGCAGGCCGAGGUGGCGUCUGGGUUUUCCUCGAUGAGCAAAUAUCCCCUAAGUACCACAGAUCUGUAUUCUUCUCCAGGCUUGGGCUCAAGACAGCACAGCUGCAAGCACCUAUCUGGUGUUAGCGUCAUGACCAGCCAUCAACCUCAGCUAAAAACCCAGGAGAGCUGACAGAAGGCUGGACGUGGGAAGAGGCUGGGUGUGUGGGACAGACUUCCUCGGGGCUCCCGACACUCUUAUCUGUCUCUGUGUCAAAAGAUCUGUUUUAUUUAAACACAUGGUUGCGUCCCACCUCGCUCUGUCCAGAAGCUUUAAAACUGACCUUCCCCAGACACAGGCAUUUUAGAGAUGGGAUGCUCACCGCCACAAAGGCUGGCCUUCUGGAGAAGUGAUCUGUCCCAGUGUCGGCAAAGUACCUGCUGAGAGAACAAGUGGUUAGCCUCCUGACUGAAAGCCCUGUGGGUCAGGGUACUUUGAAGUGAAGAUGGCCCCACUCGCUGAGGUGGGGGAUGGGGGGAAUGGGUCGCUGGGAGGUUUGGAGUCAUAAAUACAAUGGGAUGCAGUGUAGAAACUGGUGAAGAACCAGUGCUCUCUAAUCAGGAUGCUUUAAAUAUAAUCAAAGGGUAGAGAAAGUAAUUGGAGACCUCAUGAAGCUGAAACUUAUCAUAAACCUCCAUAAUGCCCCUCACUCCAGCAGGACCUUGCCACCUGCCUUCCAGCCCUUCCCUAGCAUGGAGCGGGCUCAGCUCAUGGGGAUAAGAACUUCCAAGUGCUCAGUGGUCUCCCCCGGCCACAGUAGAAGCAUUUGGUACCAACUUGCAAGGAUAAGACAGCUUGCUCCGAUUAUUCCUCCAGCACUGAGCUCAUUGAUCUGAACAAGAAUUGUGACCAAGUCUACAAACGUACCGUUUGAGGUCUCUGUCCAUAGUGAAAACCAAAUUGCUAUCCUAUAUCAUGACCUCACUGAAGGCUAAAACCAUACUUGUUUGUCAGCUGCCUCCCAAAGUUAGGUCAGUGAAUGAGACGGUAUAAUGAAACAAUUGUCCCUGUUUCAGAAAUGUAUUCAUCCUGAUCGCUGAUAUUUCAUUAUCAAUGACUGUAAAAUGUUUGGAAAUCAAGAGCAAUGUGGCCUAAGAAGGAAGUCUGUGUUUUGCUUCUAUGUGUGUGCACGUGUGUAUGUAUGCGCAUGUGCAAAGCAUGCAUGUAUGUGUAGGUUUGUUCACCUGUGUAUGACCAUGUGCAGGCCAAAAGCUGACACUGGCUGUCUUCCUCUAUUGCUCUCUCUCCUCUACUUCUGAGAUGGGGUCUCCCACUGGACCUAGAGCUUGUGGUCUCAACCAGACUGGCUGGUUAGUGAACCCCUAGGACCCCUCUGUCUCUCUUCCAGACUCAGCAGGGAGCUGAUGUGCACAGCCACAGUUGGCUUCUUCCCUGGAUAGUAGGAAUGGUAGGGUCCCAAUUCUGGUAUUCGUGCUCGCACAACAAGCAAGUUAUCCAGUGAGUCACCUUCCCAGCCCAGGCAAUCAUGUUACAGAAGAAACCAAGGUCACCAUUAGGAACAAGCACCGAGGUUUGCUUACACCUCUCCUCUAUCUCUUUCUACCAGACUAGAUAAGGCUAGCUGACUUUUGACAAAAUAGUAGCUCUUUGUUUCUCUGCCCUUGGCACACUUAUUUUCCUAAAUCAACCCCAUCCCUAGGAUAACCGCUUAUGUUUAGAAAUAUACUAAUGUACUUGGAUAAGGUAUGGACCUGGGAAGAACGGGUGAGAAUCAUAUAUUCACUUAACUGGGACUCACCGCCCUGGGCACAGUGCUGAGAACACGCCAGUGAACGCCAGAAGUCCUCCACAGAACAAUAAUAGUAAGGUGACGACUAAAUAGGCACACGGUGCCAGGCCGCGCUAAGUGUUGUGAGGCCAAAGGGGAGGCUGGGGCUUUUGAGGAGUAAGUGGGGGGUGGAGGAGAAAGUGGGGGUGGAGGAGAAAGUGGGGGUGGAGGACCCUCUCUGUGGAAAUGAAGAGGGAGGAAGCUAACCCUGAGAAUCUCUGAGUUUCCUUUCUCAGCCCCCUAAAGUGUGAUCAUCAAAUAACUGAAUAUUCUACCUAGCUGAAACAAAAGGAUGCCAGCUGGGGGGGAUUGCUUCCAUCUGCAUAAGUUCACUGUUGACAAUAGCAGUGCCUUUCAGACCAGACGGAAAGGUCCGUCUCAUUCAGAUUGAAAGUUAGUAGGAAGUUUCUAACUGUCUCCAAACUGCUUCUUGGGCAGGAACACAAUAGAGAAGUUGACAGUACCUGCUGGAAAAGUAGCAAACAGUAUUUACAAGUAGCUACCUUGUAACACACCCACAGCUGGCUACAUUUAAUACAGAUAAACCUCACCACAGGAUGGAUGGAGUGGGGAUAUUUGCGCCUCUCCACAUUCAGUGUGGAGCUAACUCUCCUUUAAGAGUUCUUGUUAAAAAGGGGUCAGCCUGGCAGCAUAUAAUCUGCAUUUUACUAACAUGCCGGUUUAGAGGGUGAUGUAAAAGUCUGUUGGCUGGUUGUACAUUUGUUCUAAGGAUGCCUGUAGCCCAUGUAUUCUCUGAGAAAGUCAAACAGAAUGAAAUAGGAAAUGGGGAAAUUGAGACUGAUAUAGUGGUUUGCUCUGAUAACCCCAGCACUUGGGAGGUCAGGCUAGGAUAAACAGCAAAUCUGAGGGCAGUGUGGCCUACGCUGUAUGAAAAACCCUUGUCCAAAAAUAAAAUUGUAAAAUUUGACCAAAGUCACGAGUUAAAGAGCAGUCUGACUCGGACACAACUCUCACUGGUGAAUCUCACAGAUCAACGGGGAAAUGGGCUCAUUAGAGGUUUUCCCACAAACUCCGGUGUUCUCAGGACAGAGGGACUUCUUGUUCUCUGGGAAGCAUUUGGGAAACUUGAAUCCACUUGAAUUGCAAAUAAUGGUUUGUGAUGUCUGUAGUGUUUCCCAACUACUCUAACAGAGCCAGGACCCUUUGGUCUCUGUCACUUUAAAAUAAAAAAAACUAGCAACGUUAAAAAAAAAAAAUCCAGCUUGUACCCUGCUUCUUCACAAUGCAGCAGAGAUAACAGAAUUUGGCCACACAACUAUUUACUUGAGGAGGGAUCUAUUUAUGGCAACCUGUGUAUUUUUAAAUCGCAGUUACAAUAGGCUAUUGUUCUCUUAUAUAAAUAAAUAUAUGCUGCAAAAUCACCAUACGGCUUUAAAGUAGAAACUGGUGGCAUUCAAGGUGCGUUUAUUCCAUAGCUUUUUACGGAGGAUGGAGCAUCUAAGUUUGUUCCUCACCCCUCUUUUGGCAUCCCCCUCACCUGAUCCCAACUACAGCUUGUAGCUUAGAAUGUGGAUUCUCCUGAUUGCUAAUUCCUAAUGAUCAUUAGUAAUUGUUGUUGCUUCCUGGGCUCGCUUUGAGGUCCAGUUUUUGCUUCUCCGAGCCCUUACUGCAGACAGCUGAAGCCAAAUUCCUCUCUGAGAGCUCCUAUAAAUAGCACAGAAACAAGAUUAACAUGGACGUGCAGCGGGGCGUUUUCUGGUGUUUCAAGGAUAGGAGGAGUUAAAACUCUUCCUAGCUUUCCCUAAGUGCAUCGUGUGCCUGACUCCUUUGCUUUCGCCGUUGUUUACUGAUAAAAAAUAAAUCUCCGGCUCUAAGCCACAGGAAUUGCUUUUAAAUGCAAGAAAGUCCUAAGGGGGGAGAAUUCGUAUGUUAAUGAGCCUUUCCAAGUGAGAACUGGGUGAAACGCGCCUUUUGCUGGCAUUGUUAUGGGCAGCCUGGAGAUGAUUUGUGUAAGCUGUAGCCCCUUGGGGCUGGGGGUGUAAAGCCUUCAUCGAGCUCCUCCCUAGCCCAGCGUGUGGGGCCGCGAGUUCGAGGCUCAGCACCGCCCCCUUGCACACUCGCCUGCGCCCGCGCGUGCACCUGCGGGCGGGGGAAGUUUACAGAAGCUUCCAGGGCCGUCUGCAGCGCGCUGGCCGCAGUCCUGUGCCACGGGGGAUGGAGCGCGGCGGGCGGCGGAGCUCCGGCGUCUGGGUAACUUUUCUAGGAACGCCGUGCGCGGGCAAGCCCCGGUGGACACCUGCCAGAGGACGGUCAGCGUGACAGUUCCUGGAAAGCGACGGAGCGACCGCGACCGGCGGCCCCGUGCCGGAGCCGAGCUGGGGGUGGAGCGAGCGGCGGCGAACGCAAACGCAGCUGUCUCUUGGAUGUCCUGUGACUAAGCAGCCAGCUUUAAAACUUCAUUAUUAUGCCUUUGGAGAUGGAACCGAAAAUGAGCAAACUGGUCUUCGGGUGCCAGAGAAGCUCCACAUCAGAUGAUGAUUCCGGCUGUGCACUUGAAGAGUAUGCAUGGGUCCCACCGGGCCUCAGGCCCGAGCAGAUCCAGCUCUAUUUCGCAUGCUUGCCAGAGGAAAAGGUUCCUUAUGUUAACAGCCCUGGGGAGAAACACAGGAUUAAACAGCUCCUGUACCAGUUGCCUCCACACGAUAACGAGGUGCGGUACUGCCAGUCUUUGAGCGAAGAAGAGAAGAAGGAGCUGCAGGUGUUCAGUGCUCAGAGGAAGAAAGAAGCUCUGGGGAGAGGAACCAUCAAACUCUUGUCCAGAGCUGUGAUGCACGCCGUGUGUGAGCAGUGUGGGCUGCAGAUGAAUGGAGGGGAGGUGGCCGUGUUCGCCUCCCGUGCAGGACCUGGAGUAUGCUGGCACCCGUCCUGCUUUGUCUGCUUCACGUGUAAUGAACUACUGGUCGACCUCAUCUAUUUCUAUCAGGAUGGAAAAAUCCACUGUGGCAGGCACCACGCUGAACUGCUCAAGCCUCGGUGCUCAGCCUGUGAUGAGAUCAUUUUUGCUGACGAGUGCACGGAAGCCGAGGGUCGCCACUGGCACAUGAAGCAUUUCUGCUGUCUGGAAUGUGAGACAGUCCUGGGAGGGCAGAGAUAUAUCAUGAAGGACGGCCGCCCCUUCUGCUGUGGCUGCUUCGAGUCUCUCUACGCUGAGUACUGCGAAACCUGUGGGGAGCAUAUUGGUGUGGACCACGCACAGAUGACCUACGACGGGCAGCACUGGCACGCCACAGAGGCCUGCUUUUCCUGUGCGCAGUGUAAGGCCUCGUUGCUGGGAUGCCCCUUCCUCCCGAAACAAGGUCAGAUUUACUGCUCCAAGACCUGCAGCCUUGGGGAAGACAUCCACGCCUCUGACUCCUCGGACUCCGCCUUCCAGUCAGCCAGAUCCAGAGACUCUCGCAGGAGCGUGAGGAUGGGCAGAAGCAGCCGCUCCGCCGACCAGUGCCGACAGUCUCUUCUCUUGUCUCCCGCCCUGAACUACAAGUUCCCGGGUCUCUCCGGCAACGCUGACGACACCCUUUCCCGGAAGCUGGAUGACGUGAGCCUCGCCAGCAGGCAGGGAGCAGGUUUCGCUAACGAGGAAUUCUGGAAAGCCAGAGUGGAGCAGGAAGCCUCCGAAGACCCCGAAGAAUGGGCUGAGCAUGAAGAUUAUAUGACGCAGCUCCUCCUCAAGUUCGGCGACAAAAACCUCUUCCAGCAGCAGAGCAGCGAGGUGGAUCCGAGAGCCAGCGAGCACUGGAUACCCGACAACAUGGUUACGAAUAAGCCCGAGGUAAAGCCGAAUCACCAGGGCCUCGCGAGUAAAAAGUAUCAGUCUGAUAUGUACUGGGCCCAGUCCCAAGACGGGCUGGGUGACUCUGCCUACGGCAGCCAUCCAGGCCCCGCCAGCAGCCGCAGGCUGCAAGAGCUAGAUCUGGACCACGGUGCUGCGGGAUAUACUCAUGACCAAAGCCAGUGGUAUGAAGACUCCCUGGAGUGUCUAUCUGACUUGAAACCAGAACAGAGUAUCCGGGAUUCUAUGGAUUCUUUGGCGUUGUCCAACAUCACAGGGGCAUCAGUGGAUGGAGAAAGCAAGCCAAGACCGUCAUUAUAUUCUCUCCAAAACUUUGAGGAGAUAGAGGCAGAAGAUUGUGAGAAAAUGAGCAAUAUGGGAACUCUGAACUCUUCCAUGCUGCACAGGAGUGCAGAAUCCUUACAAAGUCUGAACUCAGGGCUGUGCCCAGAAAAAAUUCUACCUGAGGAAAAACCAGCACACCUGCCGGUGCUCAGGAGAUCCAAGUCCCAGUCCCGACCACAGCAGGUCAAAUUUUCAGAUGACGUCAUUGACAACGGAAGCUACGACAUCGAAAUCCGGCAGCCUCCCAUGAGCGAACGGACUCGGAGACGGGCGUAUCACUUUGAAGAGAGGGGAUCCAGGCCUCACCACCAUCGCCACCGGAGAAGCAGAAAGUCUCGGUCCGACAACGCCCUGAACCUGGUCACGGAAAGGAAGUACUCCGCCAAGGACAGACUUCGGCUGUACACCCCCGAUAACUAUGAGAAAUUCAUACAGAAUAAAAGCGCCCGGGAGCUCCAAGCCUACAUGCAGAACGCCAACCUCUAUAGCCAGUAUGCCCAUGCCACGUCUGAUUACGCCCUGCAGAACCCAGGGAUGAACCGGUUUCUGGGGCUCUGCGGCGAGGACGACGACUCGUGGUGUUCGUCCUCCACGUCCUCCUCCGACUCAGAAGAAGAAGGCUAUUUCCUUGGCCAGCCGAUCCCUCAGCCACGGCCACAGAGAUUCACCUACUAUACAGAUGACCUUUCUAGCCCGGCUUCCGCACUGCCCACCCCACAGUUUACUCAGAGGACAACUAAAUCCAAGAAGAAAAAAGGACACAAGGGCAAAAACUGUAUCAUUUCUUAACCAAGUAGACAUGGAGAGUCUUUGUUUAAAACUUAGUCAUUUAGCCUGGACUUCGACCUUGUAUUCAUCCUAGGAAAGUCGCUAAAAUAGUGUAAAAUGCUUUCUGUGGCCCCACUGUGUUUACAGUCAGAUUAACACAUGAAAGAGGUGGCUUCUCCAGUCUUGGUGCCAUAUUAACAGAGUCUUAUGCCCGUGGCAAGUAAAUUACAGCCGCUUUGGUGUCUAGUCCACAAGAGAACACUCCAGAAACUGCCGGCAGGUGAUUGGACAGAGUGCAUUUUAGAGGAUGGAUAGCCACCUUUGUAAGCAAUAGUGCUUGCCGUCAACACAGUCGGGUUGGCUCAGGUCCUGACUGGUGUCUUGUGAGGCAUGCGUGUCGCCAUGACGACCUAGCUAACACUGUGUGUUCCAUUGUGUAAGGCCAACUUGUUCUCCUUCAGCCCCCAUUAGCCAGGUAAACAUAUUGUGUCACUCCCAGCCACAGGUUGAAAGGACUUGCUAUUUAUAUGUAGUAUUUCAUAGACCUAAGUGUAUUCCUAAUUUAACGGUGCAAAUAUUAAUGUAUAUACUGUACAGUUGAGAUUUUAAAGCUGAUAUUUUUAUAUCCCUGAAUUGCAAGAUGUUUGUUACACUGCCAUGCUAGAUUUGUUAGGAACUCAGAAAACAGCAUCCAUGGAUGAGGUGACUGCUUGUACUUUAGUCAGGGCUUCUAAGUUUAGACAGUCAAAUUUAUAUUGCCUAGUGAUGGAAAGUUGGUUUUUUUUUUUUUUCCUUUUCUUCAAUAUUAAAAGAGGCUCUGUAUGCAUGGUGGGGCUGUGUACAUACUUGGUACUAGGCCCUGUUAAUCUCACAAGUGUUAUUUAUGGGUCAAGCUUCGUAAACUGUAUAAAUGUAAAAACCAACCAAGCCCCACACAUACCUCUGGAGUAUCUGGUGAAACCAAGGAGAAGCUAUCUGGGCGCUCUUCCCGGGCAGGGGGAGUCUCAGCAGGUGAGAAUGUCCACGCGAUGAGCUCUUUCUGUGUAGACUUACUAUGUACAGAAAGCUUAUUUCUUCUGCCCUUUUCCUUCCAACUUGCUGUUGGCCUUUAAAAGCAAUUUUGAAAACUGGGUUUCCAGUUGCAGUUUUCUUUUAAGAUUCUUCAGGAAGACUGAGCCAGACGACUCCCAAGUUCAUGGGGCUCUGGGUUCAGCCGGAGAGUCAUGCUGGAUUUGAACUAAUGAGCGGGUAGUUUGGUCUGUGCUGUCCUUGCAUUUACAUCUUGGUCCUAACUAAAGGUCCCGGUGUCACCCUGGGCUUUUCAGGGAGGUGUUUAAUAAAGGCUUAA